AUGAACAACGUAUAUGAAAACAGUUCUUUCUUGCCCACAAAUAUUUCUAAUAAUUCUUCCAUCACAAAAUCAAAAUCCAAGGAUUUUGUACCCCCCGCCAUAAGACUUCAAUUUCCUCCAGUCGUCGAUCUUGUCGACUUAAUUUCAAAGAAAUCACCAGAUGGUAGAAUUCCGGCAAGAGCGCCAAAUGCAUUUAUUAUUUAUCGAAAGGUAUACGUCGAGACAGCCAGAAAAAAUGGUCAUUUCCUACCAAUGACUACUAUAUCUUCGAUGGCUUCCCAAUCAUGGGAGAAUGAAAAAGAAGAAGUAAAGGUCGAAUACAGGAGGGUUGCUAAAGAAGCGUUAAAAGUACGCAACGAAAUGUAUCCGAAAGCUGGAAGAAGAAAAAGAAAAGAUAGGUGGAAUAUUGUGAGCUUCGAACCGAUUACGAGUCCUCAACCAACCAAACAAGGGUUGAAGAGAAAGAAUGGGGGGGCUCAAUAUAGAGUCGUUGAAAUGCCUGCGAAACCAUUCUCAUAUGAUUGGAACUCCCAAGUUGAUUCAGUCAAUUCGGUCAACUUGGUCAAUGCGAUCAACUCGGUUAAUACGAUCAAUCCUGUCAGUCCAGUCAUUUCAGCUAGCCCGGUUAUUUCAUCAGUUACUCCCAAAAAUGACAAUUAUGAUAAUUCAUUACCCGCAUUUCCCACCACUGUCAUUACCAAUGAUUUAAUCACCAACAUUUCAGAUGAAGAAUAUGAAUUAGGGAUUUUGGAUUAUUCGAAUUAUUCUGCUUCAACUACUCCACUUCGAAACUAA